AAGCUAACUGUUGAUUUGGCUGGACUUCGAAAAGAAAAAGAAGAUUUGCUGAAGAAAUUGGAGUCUUCAUCUGACAUCACCAGCUUGGUUGAGGAAGUUUCUAAAGUAAUGGUGCCACAGAUACAAGUUACCACACUGGAUACUUCAAGGAGCAUGGAUUUGGAAAUUAAGCAAUUGCAGUGUAAACUAAAGAAUGCAACUAAUGAGCUCACGAAACAGUCAUCAAACGUGAAGUCUCUGAAGCUGGAACUCCUAGCAAAAGAGGAACACAUAAAGGAGAUGCAUGAAAAGAUAUCUCGAAUGGAGAGAGAUAUAACCAUGAAGAGACACCUGAUUGAGGACUUAAAAUUUCGACAGAAAGUAAAUUCAGAAAGUAAUGAAAGUUUUAAUGAAAUGUUAGAAAGUCUUGAAAAAAAGGUGAAGACACUAACUGAAGAAUGUUCCAACAAGAAGGUAUCCGUUGAUUCACUAAAGCAAAGACUUAAUGUUGCUGUGAAAGAGAAGUCACAAUAUGAACAGAUGUAUCAUAAAACUAAAGAGGAGCUAGAAAAAAAGGAUCUCAAGCUGAGUCUCCUCACAUCAAAAAUAAAUGAAACAGAAACAGCAAUGGCACAGAUUGAGACAGCAGCGUCGAAACAGCUCCAAGGCUUAGCACUGCAGAGUGAACAGGUCCUGGAAAGUGCACAGAAGAAACUGCUGGCAGCCAAUGAAAAACUAGAAGAGUUUGCCUUCUUUGUGAAGGCUUUGGUCAAAGAGUUACAAAGUGAUGUCCAUAGGACCCGACAUCAAAUCAAAGAGCUUAAGAAGAUGCAGAAAGACAAACAUGCUUGUAAAACCUCAACCCAUAAAGUCCAGACCUUGGCAGCAUCCAUCCUGAACAUUUCACCAUCAGACCUGGAGGAAAUACUGGACACAGAAAAUGAAAUGGAAUUUGAAAAGACAAAGAUUGAUGCUGAAAAUGACAAGGAAUGGCUGUUGUAUAUUCAGAAACUUCUAGAAGGACAGCUUCCUUUUGCCUCAUAUUUACUAGAAGCAAUACUGGAGAAAAUAAGUGAAAACAAGAAACUAACUGAAGGGUAUUUGACAGUUAUGAAAGACAUUAGAUAAUGUUAUAGAUACAGUUAUAGAUAGAGCUAUAUCCAACAUGAGGAUUUCAUGUGCUCUGGUUGCAAACACUCCAGAAGAGUAUCUGAUCCAACUAUCAAUGGGUGACUUCAAUACCAAAAUAUGACAUUUCUGAAAUUGAUUGCUGAACAAGUGAAACUAUCUAAGUGCACAGCCACGUAUAAGGAAAGUCUAAUGUUUGAUUGUUGGAUACAAAUAUUGUCACAAAUACAAACUUAAAAAUGAUUUUCCUUCCACUACAAAGAAAGAAGCUAAAACAAAUUUGUCACAUACAGGUUGGUCUAAGUAUAAAAAGAAAAAGCAGUAAAUAAAGGACUUAAUAUUCUAAGUUUUAUAUGAAAACUAGACUUUAUAUAAAACUGUUAUAAAUGUCCCUUUGUGAUCCUGUGAAUAACAUAUUUGUGUGGUGAGAAGAUAUAAAAUCAAUUAUCCUAACAUGAAGGAGGAGCAUUGAAUGAAGCUAUUGUGUGGUUCGUUGUACCUAUUCUCAUUGACAGUCUGGAUUAUACAGGAUAUACUGUGUUUUUCUAGAACUAUCUGGCAAAAUAAAAAAUAUUUUCUCCUUUCUCUCCUUGUGCAGUCAUAUAAAUCAGCAAGGGCCAGGACACUGGUGUCUAAUGUUGUUGUAGACCUAGCAGAGCUCCUACCAUGCUCAUCUAAUUAACAAUGCCUUCUCACCAUGAUGGACCAUUGCAUUUGGUUCCUAAGUGCCUCCCUCCCUGCAUGUCUUCACAGUGUUCUUACCACACACUCUUGGUGCCUCCAAGUCACUGAAUUUGGUCCUUCACAUUUGAUGUAGGUAUCCUGUCUUUGCAGAAUACUCUGUGUGUAACUUUAUUUAUACCUGUCUUCUUCUUAUUCAGGUUCACUUUAUCAGUUUGCUCAUAGACAUAUUCUCUGAAUAUCUUACUAUUUACAUGAAAUCAUCUGUUUUUAAUAUGGUCACACCUUUGUUUUAUGACUUAUUCUCAUUUUCUUCUUAGAAUGUCAAUUCCAUGAGAUUAAGGCAGGGAUUGGCAAAUUAAGGCCCAUAGACAAAUCCAGCCUGCUACCUACUUUUAUAUGGUCCACAGACUAAAAAAAAAAUUACUUUAUUAAACUGACUUAAAAGCAAUAAUUUGUAGCAUGUAAAAUCAUAUGAUACUCAAUUUUAAUGUCUUACCAAUAAAGAUUUAUUGAAAUGC